GUGUCUCCGUGUGUCGGUGCCAUGUGCACAUGGGGCCCAGUUCCUCUUGCACACAUGUGUAGCCAGCACUGUGCAGGUAUGUCCUGUCUUGCCCUGCCUCUGACAGUGAAGAGCAAGAGGGCCUGCGGGACCAGCCACUGGUUUAUGGGGCAGUUUGUGGACAUACUGAUUCAUGUCACCUCUGACCCUGAGCGUGCAUGUCCCUGGCUGAAGUGUGUAGGAAUGUGUGGCUGGUCGAAUGUGCAGAAUUUUCAGUGUCCCUGGUGGCAGGUGUGUGUCUUUGCAUGUGUGUUCCAGCCCUGGCCUGAGUAUCUGUGUCAGUCCUCGCAUGGGUGUCCAGGGCGUGUCUGGAUGUGGGUGGUAUGCCAGUGGUGGGGACAAAGUGUGUGAGUGGUUCCCUGUAGUCUGACUGCAUGAGACACCUUAGGGAUAGGCAGGGUGAGCCUCUGCCUGCUCCCAGAUGGGGACAGGAAAGCCUGAAGGGAAGGAGUGGGGUGAAGAGAGAAAGUAAGGAUGAGAAAGUCAAAAAGAGGAGAGCAAAGAGCCAGGAAGAAAUGGAAAUGUAAGAGAGCUGAGCUGGACUUAGAAAAGAGACUGGGCUUAAUAUAGGGAAGUGGGGAGGCAGAUGAGGAGCCAGGUCUUUCUGUGAAGCAGUCGGCCAGGGUGGAGAGCCUAGGCUGGUGCAGGUCUGGAGGAUCAGGCUUGGUUGUGGUGCAGGAGGCCAUCCAGCCAUAGAAGCUGGUGCCCAAUGAGGCCUGUCACCACAGACUGCAGAGCAUGCCCUCCCCUCAAUUUCUCUAUUCCCUCUCUAACCCUGCUCCUCAUCUUUCUCUGGCUACCUUUCUCCCUGGCUCCCUUCCAGAACUGUCAGCUGGGUAUGGGGAAGAAAGGCUACAGGGAAGGGUAGGGAUCUGGGGGAUUGGAGGGCAGGAGAAAUGUUUGUGGGUGAUGGCAAGAUUAGAGACAUUGGAGAGGCGGAGUCCAAGCCCUUGCUCUGUGUGUGAGUGUGUGUGCUUGCUUGCUUGCAAUUGUGUGUGUAUACAGGGUGUGUACUGUGUGGGUGUAUGCACAAUGCCUAUGUUACGGGCCUGUGUAGGUGGCUGUUAUGUGUGUGCAUGAGUGUAUAUAUCGUGCAGGGAUGGGACAUGGAGACCCAGCGUGGCAAUGUAUGCUUUUCAGGUUUGUGUGUGUACAUGACUGUGUGCUGGUGGAUUGUCACUGCAGGCAACACUAAUGACAGGAUAUCCUGUGCUUCUGUCACUCAGCCCGCUUUCCUCUGUGCUUCUGCCUUUCUCUUCCUUGUGUCAGAGUCCUUGUGAGCACAUGUGUGUGGCCUCCAUGCUCCUGGGACUUGUUUCUGAGUUCUUAGCAUUAUGUGUGUUGCUUCCAGAAACUAAGCAAAGCAAUUAGCAGAUUAUUUCCCCCUCUGUGAAUGCAUUUUGCUCCAAAAGAGAAUUUCAGUGGAUUUAAGCUUAAGGCUUUUCUGCCUUUAAUAGAGAUGCUUAUGUGUGAAAGGAAUGGCUGAGCUGGGCUCCCUGGAAUGAGAGUAAGGCAGCCAUACCUGAGAGAUGAAGAGGAUUGGAUUAGGAGGGAGACAGGCUGGGCCCCUGGGUGCACUGCUUACUGUGUGACAGAAGGUUACUUAACACAUUUGAUCCUCAUUUCUUGUUUUGUUUGUUCUGUUUUUCUCUUAGCCAUCACAGAUGCUGGUGUAGAGUCAUGAGAGAGCUAGAAGGAAGCAGGGGGAUGGGAGGCUGUCCAAAGACAGUGACUGUGGUUGUCCUUAGUGUGAGUUCUGAGUGUUUGUGCUUCAGGGGCAUGGAGCUUCAUUUAUCUAACCGAGAUCAUGUGUGUACAUGGUGCAGGGAUGACACAUGGGACCACAGUAUACUUAAGCAUGUGUCUCUGGGCUCAUACUGGCAUGCCCCUUCCUUUGGAACAUGAAUUGUUAUAGGGUUACAUGUCCCUUUAUGUAGUGUAUUGCCCACAUCAGCAGUUCUCAUAUGGCUGACUGAGUUCAAGUAUGUAUACCCCUGUACAGUGCUCGCAUAUGUCUAAGCAUGUGGGGUGUGUGGGCCUGGGGUCUCAAUGUGGGUCCCUAGUGCCCCCAUGCUCCAGGCUGUCUGUAUGUCUCCGAAGCACAGAGUUCCCUCUUAUUUCUCAUACUGCAGCUGUGAUAUACACGUUAUUACCUCUGUUUAGUGUGUGUUUUUGUGCUCUACACAUGUUCCUGGGAGACUGAGCGGGUUCUCUUGUCUCGGGAUCCAGACUUGUGUGUGCAGACCUGAGUUUGUCUAUAAAAGGAGCAGGGACAGACUGGCUCUGAGGCAAAAUGCAGUCUAGAAGCAGGCAGGAAAAUGUAGUGUGGCUUUCACUGUUCUAUUCUGGAACCUAGUGGGUUAACAGGCAGUUCUUCCGGUCGCCGCCACCCCCCCCCAAGCCUGUAGCUUCUUGUUGCCAUGGAGAUGGUGGCCCCGCCCCUGAUGCAGCACCGGCCCCCCCAUUGGCUGCAGUGGUGACUGGGGCUGAGGGGGGAGCCCAGGCCUGGGCAGCCAUUCUGGAGCUGGAGCCGGAGCCUGGCAUCCCCCCCACUUUCAUUCUCCUUCAGCCCCUUAUCCCCUCCAAAUUCCCUAGCAGCAGACCUUCAGCUCCCUUCCACUAGACUCUUGGCAAGCUGAGCUUCAUCCGCAUUUACCUCCCCUCCUCCUCCUCACCAGCCUUUACUGGGGAGUCCCUAGAACCCCACUGCCCAUCCUCCCCACUCCCCUGCCUUCUCCUCUUCAACCCUUCACUAGCACUGCAGUGCACGUGGAACCGGCUCCUUCGCCCCUACUUCCAUCUGCCCCUUCCUCGGAUUUUCUGUUCCCCUCUUCGCAGCACAGGUCUCUUCUGAGACCCCCCUCCAGUCCUGGGAGGGGGUCAUGGGAGGCAGCCCUGGACCUCCAGAUAGACAGGGGCUUGGGGAGGUGUGGGGCAGGUGGAGGAUGUGCCCAGCUGAGAAAAGAGGAAAGCCCAUCCUUGGGCAAUGACCUUUAACCCAUCUCCCCCGCAAGCAAGCCCCUUCUUUCUCUUGGGUGGGAGCCGGGGGACCGAGCCUACCUGGAUCGUGGGUAUUAUUCAUUACGGAGGUUUUACUGACUCUCCUCCUGACUAUGCCCCUCUGCUGACUGUCAGCCCCAGUCAUGGGCUUAAGGCCUCCCACCCCGACCCCAUCAGGGGGCUCCGGCUCAGGUUCCUUGCCCCCUCCUUCCCACCGCCAGCCUCUCCGCCGCCGCUGCUCUUCUUGCUGCUUUCCGGGGGAAUACCACUUGGGUCGCUCGAGGAGGAAGAGUGUCCCAGGGGGGAAGCAGUACAGCAUGGAGGCCGCCCCCGCAGCGCCCUUCCGGCCCUCGCAAGGCUUCCUGAGCCGGAGGCUAAAAAGCUCUAUCAAACGUACAAAGUCACAACCCAAACUUGACCGGACCAGCAGCUUUCGUCAGAUCCUGCCUCGCUUCCGAAGUGCUGACCAUGACCGGGCCCGGCUGAUGCAAAGCUUUAAGGAGUCCCACUCCCAUGAGUCCUUGCUGAGUCCUAGCAGUGCUGCUGAGGCCUUGGAGCUCAACUUAGAUGAAGACUCCAUCAUCAAGCCGGUGCACAGCUCCAUCCUGGGCCAGGAGUUCUGCUUUGAGGUAACAACAUCGUCUGGAACAAAGUGCUUUGCCUGUCGGUCUGCAGCCGAAAGGGACAAAUGGAUUGAGAAUCUACAGCGGGCAGUAAAACCCAACAAGGACAACAGCCGCCGGGUAGAUAACGUGUUGAAACUAUGGAUCAUAGAAGCUCGAGAGCUGCCCCCCAAGAAGCGAUAUUACUGCGAGCUGUGCCUGGACGACAUGCUGUAUGCACGAACCACCUCCAAGCCCCGCUCAGCUUCAGGAGACACUGUCUUCUGGGGCGAGCAUUUUGAGUUUAACAACCUGCCGGCUGUCCGGGCCCUACGACUGCAUCUAUACCGUGACUCAGACAAAAAACGAAAGAAAGACAAGGCAGGCUAUGUUGGCCUGGUGACUGUACCCGUGGCCACCCUGGCUGGGCGCCACUUUACAGAGCAGUGGUACCCUGUGACCUUGCCAACAGGCAGUGGGGGCUCUGGGGGUAUGGGCUCGGGAGGAGGAGGGGGGUCUGGGGGUGGCUCGGGGGGCAAGGGGAAAGGAGGCUGCCCUGCUGUAAGGCUGAAAGCCCGCUACCAGACAAUGAGCAUCCUGCCCAUGGAGCUGUACAAGGAGUUUGCAGAGUAUGUGACCAACCACUACCGGAUGUUGUGUGCAGUCCUGGAGCCCGCCCUGAAUGUCAAAGGCAAGGAGGAGGUUGCCAGUGCACUGGUUCACAUACUGCAGAGUACAGGCAAGGCCAAGGACUUCCUUUCAGACAUGGCCAUGUCAGAGGUAGACCGGUUCAUGGAACGGGAACACCUCAUAUUCCGCGAGAACACGCUCGCCACUAAAGCCAUAGAAGAGUAUAUGAGACUGAUUGGUCAGAAAUACCUCAAGGAUGCCAUUGGGGAGUUCAUCCGUGCCCUGUACGAGUCUGAGGAAAACUGUGAAGUGGACCCCAUCAAGUGCACAGCGUCCAGUCUGGCAGAGCACCAGGCCAACCUGCGGAUGUGCUGUGAGUUGGCCCUGUGCAAGGUGGUCAACUCCCAUUGCGUGUUCCCGAGGGAGCUGAAGGAGGUGUUUGCAUCUUGGCGGUUGCGUUGUGCAGAGCGGGGCCGGGAGGACAUUGCCGACAGGCUGAUCAGCGCCUCGCUCUUCCUGCGCUUCCUCUGCCCAGCCAUCAUGUCGCCCAGUCUGUUUGGGCUUAUGCAGGAGUACCCAGAUGAGCAGACCUCACGAACCCUCACCCUCAUCGCCAAGGUCAUCCAGAACCUGGCCAACUUUUCCAAGUUUACCUCAAAGGAGGACUUCCUAGGCUUCAUGAAUGAGUUUCUGGAACUGGAGUGGGGCUCCAUGCAGCAGUUCUUGUACGAGAUAUCCAACCUGGACACACUGACCAACAGCAGCAGUUUUGAGGGCUACAUAGACUUGGGCCGCGAGCUCUCCACACUUCAUGCCCUGCUCUGGGAGGUGCUGCCCCAGCUCAGCAAGGAAGCCCUCCUGAAGCUGGGUCCACUGCCCCGGCUCCUCAAUGACAUCAGCACAGCCCUGAGGAACCCUAACAUCCAAAGGCAGCCGAGCCGCCAGAGUGAACGGACUCGGCCUCAGCCCGUGGUGCUGCGAGGACCAUCAGCCGAGAUGCAGGGCUACAUGAUGCGGGACCUCAAUAGCUCCAUCGACCUUCAGUCCUUCAUGGCUCGAGGCCUCAACAGCUCUAUGGACAUGGCUCGCCUCCCCUCCCCAACCAAGGAAAAGCCACCACCACCACCACCCGGUGGGGGUAAAGACCUGUUCUAUGUGAGCCGGCCACCACUGGCCCGGUCAUCCCCAGCAUAUUGCACAAGCAGCUCGGACAUCACAGAGCCAGAGCAGAAGAUGCUAAGUGUCAACAAGAGCGUAUCCAUGCUGGACCUUCAGGGUGAUGGGCCUGGGGGCCGCCUUAACAGUAGUAGUGUUUCCAACCUGGCAGCUGUUGGGGACCUGCUGCACUCAAGCCAGGCCUCAUUGACAGCAGCCUUAGGGCUGCGGCCUGCACCUGCCGGGCGCCUCUCCCAAGGGAGUGGCUCUUCCAUCACAGCAGCCGGCAUGCGCCUUAGCCAGAUGGGUGUCACCACGGAUGGUGUCCCUGCCCAGCAACUGCGCAUUCCCCUCUCCUUCCAGAACCCUCUCUUCCACAUGGCUGCUGAUGGGCCAGGGCCCCCAGGGGGCCACGGAGGGGGCAGUGGUCAUGGUCCACCUUCCUCACAUCACCACCACCACCACCAUCACCACCAUCGAGGUGGAGAGCCCCCAGGAGACACCUUUGCCCCAUUCCAUGGCUAUAGCAAGAGCGAGGACCUCUCUUCAGGGGUCCCUAAGCCCCCUGCUGCCUCCAUCCUUCACAGCCACAGCUACAGUGAUGAGUUUGGACCCUCUGGUACUGAUUUCACCCGUCGGCAGCUCUCACUUCAGGACAACCUUCAGCACAUGCUGUCCCCUCCCCAGAUCACCAUCGGUCCCCAGAGGCCAGCUCCCUCAGGGCCCGGAGGUGGGAGUGGUGGGGGCAGUGGUGGGGGUGGUGGGAGCCAGCCACCUCCUUUGCAGAGGGGGAAGUCUCAGCAGUUGACAGUGAGUGCUGCCCAGAAACCCCGGCCAUCCAGCGGGAACCUACUGCAGUCCCCGGAGCCAAGUUAUGGUCCUGCCCGUCCACGGCAACAGAGCCUCAGCAAAGAGGGCAGCAUUGGGGGCAGCGGGGGCAGCGGUGGCGGAGGGGGUGGGGGGCUCAAGCCCUCCAUCACGAAGCAGCAUUCCCAGACUCCAUCCACGCUGAACCCCACAAUGCCGGCUUCGGAGCGGACGGUCGCCUGGGUCUCCAAUAUGCCCCACCUGUCAGCUGACAUCGAGAGUGCACACAUCGAGCGGGAAGAGUACAAGCUCAAGGAGUACUCAAAAUCAAUGGAUGAGAGCCGCCUGGACAGGGUGAAGGAGUACGAGGAGGAGAUCCACUCACUGAAGGAGAGGCUGCACAUGUCCAACCGGAAGCUGGAAGAGUAUGAGCGGAGGCUGCUGUCGCAGGAGGAGCAGACAAGCAAGAUCCUGAUGCAAUAUCAAGCCCGCCUGGAGCAGAGUGAGAAGCGCCUGCGGCAGCAGCAAGUGGAAAAGGACUCACAGAUCAAGAGCAUCAUUGGCAGGCUGAUGCUGGUGGAGGAGGAGCUGCGUCGGGACCACCCCGCCAUGGCUGAGCCGCUGCCUGAACCCAAGAAGAGGCUGCUCGACGCUCAGGUGGAGAGGCAGCUUCCCCCCUUGGGUCCAACAAACCCGCGUGUGACGCUGGCCCCACCUUGGAACGGCCUGGCCCCUCAAGCCCCACCCCCCCCACCCCGGCUGCAGAUCACAGAGAACGGCGAGUUCCGAAACACCGCAGACCACUAGCCCACCCAGCAUCACAGACCUCCUUCCUUGUGCACCCCACCCCGGAACAUCACCAACCACCAGGACUGGACGUCACCGAGGGACAGCAGGAUUGCCUCCCUUAAUGCCUCCUUGAGGCACCCAUCCGCCACCUCCACUGCACCAUUUCUAGGAGGGAGAGUGGGACCCUUAGCUGCCCUCUUUCACCCCCAGGGACCUUCACCCCAGGACACCGCCUACCCCACCAACCCCUUCACUCCGGGGUGCUAUCCCCACCCUCUGCCUCAUAGUUCCCCUGAGCACUGGGGGACAGACCCUCACCCCCACACUGGGGGUGUGGCACCUCCAAACUUUCAACUUCAGGGUGAUUUUUUUAGCAGUAACCAGAGCUGACAAUCUAACUCCCCUCCACCACCCCAUUUUGGCCUCCCCUGUCCCCCUUGUAAUGGGGAGGGGACCCCAGGUGAAGGGGCCCUAUUACCCCUUGAUUUCUCAGGAGCGUCUGGGGGGGCUCAGCACGCACAAACUCCUUCUCCUCUUUCCACUCUUACAUUUACUCUCCCCACCCAGAACCCAGAUGGGGUGGAGGGGGCCACCGGGGCAGGGAGGGGGCGGCAAGGGGGGAAUGGGAGUUGCCUCCCCUUCUUCCCACACCUGAUCUGCUCUUGGCUGGUCCCAGAGCGGGGUGAGGGGGCUUAUGCCCUCCCCUCCCCCAGUGUGUUGGGUGGGGUGGAACUGAGGUUCGGAUGAAGGGUUAGGGUUUAGGGGCCUUGUGUGUUGGGUUGUGGAGGACAGACCAGCUGAUCUGCCCUACCCUGACACACAGCCAGCCCCUACCCUUGCCCUCUUUGUCUCUACUCCCAUGGGGAGGGGGGAAUUUACUCUAGGAAAAGCCAUGUCUCUCUCCCCCAGGGUGGGGGACCUGUGUUGGAGGAUGGGUGUUUGGGGGCCCCCUUCCAUGACUCUGUCCCCUGGGGAGGUAGGACAGGGCUGGGUUUCCCUCUCACCCUCCCCCCUCACCCAGUCUCCCUCCCUCCCGCCAGCUCCACGAUUUUUCGGUGUUUCUCUGUACAUAGCUCUCUGGCGGGAUAGGGGAGGUAGGAUGGAUGGGGUUUGGGGUGGGUAGGCCAUGGAAGGGGAGAAAUCCUUCCUGGGUACCCCCUCUUCUCUGACUGCUGACCCUUGCCCAGACUUGUCUCCUCACCCCUUCUUGCGUUUGGUAUUGAGAAUUCCUCCCAGACUCCAGACUCGACCUUUUGUAUGGACAGCUCUCCUUCAGUCUUACCCUCUACACAUCCACCCAGCCGGGGCCAAAUUUAUACUUAUAUAAAAGUUGUAAAUAUGUGAAAUUUUAUCCCGCGCCCUUUCCUCUGCUUACCCCACUUCAGGCCCUACCCUUUUACCUCCUUCCUUCUCUUUGGCUGUUGUAAUUAUCUGGGGUUUGUACUGUACAUAACCGGGGUGGGGACUGGGAGGCGACCCCUCUGUACAGAGCUUCCUGGCUCCCUAGCCCGCCCCUCACUUCUCUCCCCACCCACCACCUUAAGAGUAGGGAGCUGCUCUUCUUACUCGUUUUUUUUUUGUUUGUUUGUUUACUUGUUCUCCUUACCUCCCCUGCUCCCAGCCCUGCCACACCCCCCUUUUCUCCCACUCCCAUUUCCUUUUUUUCUGGAGUGUGUGGUGAAACAGAAAAAUCAUGUUUAAUAAACGGAGAUUGUUCUUUUA